AGCUGCAGCUUUUUUCCUCAUCUUGAAGAUAACUUUAGAAAGCUCAUAAAAAUGUGUGAUGCAUUUGUGGGUACCUGGAAACUUAGCUCCAGUGAAAACUUUGAUGAUUACAUGAAAGAAGUGGGAGUGGGCUUUGCCACCAGGAAAGUGGCUGGCAUGGCCAAACCCAACAUGAUCAUCAGUGUGAAUGGGGAUGUGAUCACCAUUAAAUCAGAGAGCACCUUUAAAAAUACUGAGAUUUCCUUCAGACUGGGAGAAGAAUUUGAUGAAGUUACUGCAGAUGACAGAAAAGUCAAGAGCAUCAUAACCUUAGAGGGAGGUGCCCUGGUACAGGUGCAAAAGUGGGAUGGAAAAUCAACCACCAUAAAGAGGAAACGCGUGGAUGAUAAACUGGUGGUGGAAUGUAUCAUGAAAGGUGUCACCUCUACCAGAAUUUACGAGAGAGCAUAAACCAAGGAACAUUGAGCUGGUUUGCAUCGAACUCUGUGACAUUCUGUUGGAUAUAUUGUCCACACAUAUAUUGUUAUUUUCCUCUAAUUUGCAAGCAACUAAUUUCCCCCCAAACUGAUUUUAUUCAAUGUGGAUGUGUUCGUUAAA